CAUCGUCUAAUUUUAUAGUGUUAGCGCCCCUAACCGUCAUCUCGGAACACGUUUUGACAGGAUGAACUUUUUUCGAUGGUGCUGUGGAAUUACGGAUAAAAUGGAAAUUAGCCAUAUCGUAAAUGACUAUAUCCUAUCGAUUACAGAUGCGUGGUUAUGAGUGGAAGAAGCCAGCAACUAGGCCCAGUGAAGUAACUAGGUCACUGAGAUUGCUCAGAAACGAAUUAAAAACGGAAUUUCGAAACGAACUUCACAAAAUGACUGCCAAACGAAACAAACAACUUGCGGCUCGUACCACUUUCUUGGACGUUGCUUACGAAUUAUUCUGCGAUGGAAUUUCUUGGAUAAAAAUCGUAAAAUUAUUUGCUUUCGUUCGUGAAAUGACUUUUACUAGUUACAAUAUAAAUAAAGCAGAAUUGGUGGAUGAUAUAGCCGAACUGUUGAGUUCGUAUAUCGAAAUCAAAUUACUGAUGUGGAUACACAACAAUGAGGAUUGUAAUGGACUAGUUACCUUCUUUGAAAAUAGAUGUUAUAAUUGAAUAUUUUAAUACU